AUGUACUCAGAGAACCAUGGCCAUCUUUGCAAAGCUCGUUUGUACUCUACGAACAGGGAUCAAUAUGACCACUACUCUGUCCAAGAGUAGUGGAUAUGCACUGUGAAUGGGGAUGUGAUUGGCCGGGUGUCUGCAGAGUGGGGCGGAGAAAAUCCUUCAGCAGCGAAGAUAUUCGCCUUUGGAUGCGAUCUGCGCCAGAGCCGCAUUCCUGGAGAUCCCAUCUCAAUCUGUGGAGAGAUUGUCCAUGGUCCUGGCAUUCGGCACUUGCUACUUGGCAUUGUCCUUUGGUGACUGUCACCCAGCGCGUGUUCCGCCGGCCAUCACGGAUACGAGAGAUGCAGCCGGUGGAUCCGAUGUAUCACAAAUCAUUGGCUGCAGCGCCACUUAGCCCUAAUUUGCCUGAAAUGGGAAAUUCAACAGUGGGCAAUCGGAGGCAGUGAAACGAUCCAUAAGACGCCUAGCGCUCUGGAAUUAGUCCCAAUUAUUCUGGGAUUGGUUCCUCCGGAGAUAGUCUGGCGCGAGGACUAGUGGUUAUUGGUGCCAUGACAAUUUACGAGACUGAUUCUGCAAGGUUGGGGCGAAAUCUAAAAAAAGGAGACUAAAUCCAGACUUUCCCCUGGACCCA